GGAAUGGUGGGAUUCCAUAAGAUAUUUUAAAAAAUAUAAUCUCCUAGAUUACAAAGAAGAACAUCGUCAUUUCCAUUUAUUUCCUCCAAUUUGGACAUAAUAUUUGCCUACAAGAUAAACUUUAAGAAAACCUUUUUAAGAGGAUAAAGAUCUAAAGUUAUAGAAGAAUUUAAUAAAGAUUUUAUUUGAUAGAUACCCAGAAUUAAGAUAUGAUACAAGUGGAAGAGAAUCCUUAAUUCAUAAUAAUAUGGAAACAUAAUAUAGCUAUAGUACUCGUUUUAUUUUAAAAUAAUAGGAAUUGAUGAAAAAUGGAUUAACUUAAGAAUAAGCGUUCAAAAAAACAGAAGUAAUGUUUUAAGACAGAAUUUAAAGAAAAGUUGACCAAAAUAAUUUAACUAGAGGGUUAGCAGUUAAUAAUAGAGCAAGAUCUUUUAUGAACUAUUAUUAAUAAUAAGCAGAAAAAGAAUCUAGAUUAAAGGUAUUGAGAAUGAAAAGAGACUUAAAAUAAUAUUAAUAAUAAAUGCAUGAUUUCGAAUAAAUAUAAUAAGAUGAUGGAGGUAUUUACAACAACAAAAAUAUAAUUAAAAAAUAAAUAUAUAAAAAUAGAUAAUGAAUAAGAUUAUUUAGAAACAUAAGAAAAUAUUUAUAAUCGUGUACUUUUCAAACUACAAAAUUAAGGUCAUAAAACAACAGAAGCAAAAGAAGAAGAAAGAAAGCUAAGCAAUUCAAAGGAAUUCAUAGAAAGAAAUGAAAAUAUGUUUAAAGUGUAUUAUUAAAGAGCUGCUAUUUACGACCGUCUUUAAGGUCUAUCAGAUUAAUAAAUACAAGAAGAAGUUAGAAAUUCUCCUACUAAAAUGAAAAACAGGGUAAGAAAAUUAAUUAAAAAAUUAGAAAAGUUAAAUGUAGUAUUAAGGCCUGAUGGUACAGUAGACUUUUCUUAAGUAAAAAAUGAAAAUUUGCGUGCUAAAUUAUAAGAAAAUUUAUACGUAAAAUAUGCUUUGAUGUAGAAAGAUUUAGAAUUCGAGUUUCCUCAUAAAGAGCAUUAAAUGGAUUAAGCAUUAGUAUUAAAAAAACAAUUAGAAAAAGUCAGAUAAUAAUAAGAAAAUUAUACUAGAGAUAUAAUUUAAAUAGCUGGUUCACCUUUUAAAAUGAUUUAAUAAAUUCAAAGUUAUGAAAAUACUCAUGAUAGUACUGAAGAAUUAGCUCAAAAAUAAAAAGAAUAAUAAAGAUUAGGUACUAUUCAAUUAGAACAAAACUAUUUACAGUCUCUUUCUAAACCUCUAUAUGAAUCUUAGGGUACUUAUAAACUUUUUGAAACAUAUGAAGAAAGAAUGCUUAGAAUUGAAGAAAAGUGGUUAAGAAAAUAAUUAAAGAAUUAAGAUAAAAUAGAUGAUGAUAAAGAAAAUAGAUUAAUUGAAAUUAUAGAUAGAUUACGAAGAUUAAAAUAUAAAAUUGAUUAACAAAGUUAUAAAAAUGCAAAGUAAUUAAUUUUUGAAGAACAUGAAGUUUUUGGAGAAGAUUUAUUAUAAGAUGAGAAACAUUCCUAUGAAGAUUUAAGAAAUUAUCUUUAUUAAACUUAAGAAGAACGUAGGAAGUCAGACUUAGAUAUUUAAAAUGAUAACAAAAUAAAUGAAAUGAUUUAAAUUAAUGAAUUUUAUGAAGAUUUAUCAAAUCCCUAUGACAAAGCUUAUUUAUCAAAAAUCAAUCUUAAAGACACUAUAGAAUUUAAAAAAAGUAAAGAAUAAAAAAUAUAAGAAUUACGAUUCAUUAAAGAAAGCUAAGAAGGUUUAGAAGAAGAUUAACAAAACGCUCUUGAUUAAUUAGAAGAUAGCUAAGAAAACGAUGAAGGUCUUAUGACUAUGCAAGAAUAUGAAAAAGGCUUAGAAAUGGAUUCUAUUAAAAUAAAUAAGAAAGAUUCUGAAUAAUUAGUUGAUGAAUCUAAGUAAAAUAAUGAAAAGAGAAAAAUUGUAGAUUUUAUUAAUAAAGCUAAUAGAGAAAAAAAAACUAAGUCCAAGACUAAAGUAGAAUGA